AUGCCUGGCACGGGAUCGAAUAGCACUCACGAAGCACUUAAGCUGACUCGCUGGGCAGCUGCCGAAGGUAAGAAUAUCGAGCCGGAAACAAUCGCUCGUUUAAGUGAGUUGGAAAAGAUCCAGUUGGUCAAGGAAGCGACCGGAUCUAUGGAUCAAGCAUCGCAAGUUCUCGAACUCACAGAUCUGACGCUGUUGAGCGGUGACGAUAGCAUGACGCUUCCGUUGAUGUCGAUCGGCGGCGAAGGUGUCAUUUCCGUGGUCGGUAAUAUUGUUCCUGGCGACAUGUUGAAUCUGGUUAAAGCAGCCGCGGAAGGUGACUUCGCGGAAGCUCAGAAGAUGCACUUCAAGCUCUUUACGCUGUGCCGUGAGAUGCUUGGAUUGUCAACUAAUCCGAUUCCGAUCAAAGCUGCCAUGAAGAUGCUUGGCCGCGAUUCGGGAGAAUUGCGUCUACCGAUGACACCAUUGUGCGAGAAUGGCGAAAAGAUCGUCUAUCUCUGCGAAUACGGGACGAUCUAUGGCGGUGAAAACUCCAUGCUCAGCGGGCUCUGUGCUGUCCAGAGCCGUGGUUUUGACCUGGCUGUCGUCUGCCCGCCUGAUACGGCUCUUUCUGCUCAGUUGAGUCAGCUUGGUAUCGCGCAGAUUCCGUUUACUUGGGUAGACAGUACCGGAAAACGAAAACCGCUUGAAUUGCUUCGGAAUGAGCUCGCGAAGACUAUUCCAGCUUGGCAAGCGGAUAUCGUCCACGCUAAUAGCUUGUCCGUUUCCAGAAUUCUGGGGCCUAUCCAGCGAACUGUUGAUGUGAAGUUUGUUGGUCAUCUGCGAGAUAUCAUCAAGCUGAACAAGCGCGUCAUUGCCGACAUUUCAAUGUUGGACGAGAUUUACUGCGUUUCGACAGCAACACGUGACUUUCAUGUGGCGCAAGGGAUGGCGAUUGGAAAAUCUUGCGUGCUGCACAAUGGAGUAGAUCUGAAAGAGUUUGCGCCUUCAAAGGAACCUGUAGAAUCAGACGUUCUCCGGCUCGUCUACAUUGGACAACUCGUCAUUCGCAAAGCGAUCGACGUCCUGCUCGACGGCGUGCGAUUAGCCAUUGAGCAUGGAGCAAAUGUUUCGCUCGAUCUGUACGGCGAACGUCACUCUAUCAAAGAAGAAGCACAGAAGUACGAGGCUGAUCUCUAUCGAUUCGUUGAGGCGAAUCGUCUGGAGCCGCAUAUUCAUUUUCGUGGGCGGACAGAUAACACGCCGGAAAUACUUCGCCAAUCGGAUGUCUUGGUGCAU